GAGCAAAGAGUGGAAAGAGAGAAAGAAAGUUUGUGUUAUGGGAUGACUUCACUCGCGCUGUGGAAAAGUCAGCUGCUCGCCCUGAAACCACAAGAGAAAAUGAAGUAGAAGGGAAGGGUGCAUUUUCUCACCGGAGCGGCUGAGUCAGGCUGAGAUAGAGGCCGAACGGUGAACUUUGCCCUGUGACACAUGAGUGGCUGACACGGGAAGAAGACCUGACAGUGUCAUCCAGGCUCCGUUACCACUACCUGUAGACAAGGUUGCUGCCAACACUCCCAGUAUGUAUUCUCAGGAACUGUUCCAGCUCUCCCAGUAUCUACAGGAGGCCUUACACAGAGAGCAGAUGUUGGAGCAGAAGUUAGCCACUCUGCAGCGUCUGUUAGCCACCACUCAGGAGGCCUCAGAGAGCAGCUGGCAGGCUCUGAUUGAUGAGGACCGGCUGCUCUCCAGACUGGAGGUGAUGGGCAGUCAGUUACAGGCUUACUCUAAGUCCCAGACGGAGGAAGGGAUCCGUAAGGAGCUAUUGGCUCUUCAGGAGGACAAACACAACUACGAGACAACGGCGAAGGAGUCUUUGAGGAGAGUCCUGCAGGAGAAGAUUGAGGUGGUCAGGAAGCUGUCAGAGGUGGAGCGUUCGCUCAGUAACACAGAGGACGAGUGCACCCACCUGAAGGAAAUGUCUGAGAGGAGUCAGGAGGAGCUGAGGGAACUCGCCAACAAGUACAACGCUGCCGUCAACGAGAUCAAAGAGCUCUCUGACAAAAUUAAGGCGGCGGAGGGUCGGCAGGAGGAGCUGACUCAGCGGGGGGCGACAGAAAAGAGGGAGUUGGAGCUGCGGAUCGAGGAGAUGGAGGAGAAGGAGCAGGUACUCCAGGCUCGCAUCGAGGCUCUGCAGGCCGACAACGACUUCACCAACGAGAGACUUGCUGCUCUGCAGGUGCGGUUAGAACAGCUACAAGAGAAAAGCAUUAAAGAGAACAACAGUCUGGAUGUCAACAUUGUCCCCCACGGACCAGUAGAGGAGCCUGUCGAGGACAAACAGAGCCUGCAGACACCUGAGAGCCAGGAGGAAGACGAGGAUGAGGAGGAUACAGACACCGAUGAUGGUGCAGUUGGUGAAGAGGAAGAUAUUGAUGACAACUGUCAUGUUAACAACAGCGGAGGAGACUCGACUAGAAUCCAACAGUUGAUUGAGUGUCCGCCUGUCAAACAGCUGAAGGAGACUGUGAGUUCUUCGAUCCACAAACUGGCCAACUUUGAUGAAGUGAUGGAUGCUCACUUACAGAACAACCAGACAGCAGAAGACGACAUCCUGGCCAGCCCUGAUCGACUCAAAGGGAAUCAGAUGGACGCCAAAGAGUCGGACAUGUCAGACACUCUGAGUCCCAGCAAAGACCGCAGCAGUGACGACACGUCAGAUGGCAACAUGGACGACCAGGAGCUGAAUGAACCACAGAACAGAGUAGCGCUGCUCAAAGCUGAGCUGCAUCGGGCCGGUCUAGAGCCCGGAGACACAGAGCAGGUCAUCCACCAUCUCCACAGAGAGCUUCUGGAGGCCCAGGAAUUAGCCAACACUGGCAAGCAGAAAUGUCUGGAGCUACAAGCUCUGCUGGAGGAGGAGAGGAAGAGUAACUCCAAGCUGACUGAGGAGUCGACCAAACAGAUCCAAUACCUACAGACUCAGCUUGGGAAGCUGCAGGCUGACAUGGAGGCACUGAGGGAGCAGAGGGAGAGCACCAUCUGCACCACAAGAGAGGAGCUCUACUCCGCCCAGGAGGAGAUUCUUGUCCUGCGGCACGCCAUGGAGGCGGCCACGGCGGAGCGUGAGCGGGAGAUCGCCGCCCUGCAGGCAGACCUGGGCGGUGUACGCUCUGAGCUGGAGCACUGGAGGAACACGGCUGCCAAGUACGAGGAAGAGAUCAGCCGACUGCAGGAGGCCUUCACACAGCAGCAACAGCAGCAGAACACUGCCAGCCAGCUGCAGGGUGAGCGCAUGGAGUGUGUUACGUUGCAGCAGCGGUGUGUGUGUUUGCAGCAGGACUGUGACGGCCUGAGAGCUGAACGGAAAACUCUCACAGACAAACUGCACCGCCUGGAGGCUGAGCUGAGCAGCACCAGGGAGCAGAGUCUGGUCCUCAGCAGCAGUCUGGAGUCUCUGGAGAAGAGGGAGGAGGUUUUGCAGGACAAACUGGGUUCACUGGAGAAUCAACACCUGCAGGAUGCAAGUAGACUGAAGAGCCAGUUGGACCAGGCCCAGGCCCGCACACACACACUGCAGAGAGAGUAUGAAGAUACACAGUCCCAGCUGCUUGACCUUCGUCAGCGCUAUGAGAGAACAGAGCAGGAGAAGCUGAACAUCCACCAGGAGUUGGAGCAGUGCAGGAGCAACCUGAAGCUGCUGCAGGACAAGGCCAGCUCUAGCGGCUGGAGCCCCUGGAUGCCGGUCAUCGCAGUGAUGGUCGCCGUGACGGCAGCCGUCCUCUACCCAAACCUCUCCAAGAGCAGCUCCACCUAAGACACAAACACAGCGCUGUGAGGAGAGCAUCACUGCUUUACUUGUAUAAAGUCUAAUUGUACAUAAUUGUAGAGGGAAUAUAAAGGUUGUGGUUUCUACAGAGGACUCAGAUGCUUCUUGGUUUAUUUUGAUUUUGUGUUGUUGUUUUUUUUUUUUGUUGUUCUGGGGAGUUUUGUUUUUAUUCUCGGCUCUCUCUCAGCUGUGGUGGGGGCUUUUUGGUUUUUCGUCUCUCUGCUGAUUUCUGGGUAACACCUUGUUCUCCAGUCGGCCGCCGAGCUUCCACGCUAAACAAAAAAAACCUGCCUGAUGUGACGUUCACACCGGGCGAGCGGAGCUUUCCAGCAGCCUCAGUGCAGGUGGAGGAACACGAUCCUCCUUCAUCACUGAAGGAAAGACAGGUUUGCCGGUUUUCACAGUUUUCAGAGAGGCUGCAGAUGGUGUUUAUCUGCAGCUGUGACCGGGCUGCAGCUUUAUUUUACUCAUUAACUACUUCAGACCAGCUCUGUGCGUUCACCUGCCUCCUACACACAUCUCCAAUAUCGGCAUCGUUUAUUGAACCUUUUUUACUGCAGAAGCUGGCAGGCUGUUGAGGGCCGGCGUGAAUCUUUCUGCACGUUUUGAUCACAAGAACCGAUGUCAGUGCCAUUUUUAACUCCAGGUUAGAUACAUCUUGAGCUGUUCUGGAUCUCAUUGCUGAUUGGUUAAACUUUUUUUUGCCAUCCUAAUGUCCUUGUUAGGUCGCAAUCCUCUCUCAAACAUUGCCAUCAUAGCAUAUGCCACGUACGCUAACAGAACAAACCCCCCGUUGUUCUAUUUCCUACAUUCUCCUAGAAAUGGAGCUACAUCUUUGUUAGCAUUCUAUCAAAUCAAACAGUGGAAACAGAAAGGCGUAAAGGGCUGCGUACAAAAACUCCCGCGCAUGGUGGCAGUGAAAAGCUGCAUACUUCCUUUAGGGAUUUAAGCUGCAAAUGUUUGUCUUUGACUUUUCCAUGCAAAAACAUAUAUGCACAUGUUCUGUUUUUUUUUUUUUUUCCUGGCUAGAAGUUAGCUUUGGUUGCUGCAGGUGUCACAUCAAAUUCAAGGCUGAAUGACAAACCUGGACAUGUGGGCGUCACACUGAACACUUUGGCCUCAUCCAGGCCCAGUGAACCUCCAUCACGUCACACUGGAGCUCAGUAAGAAACCGGCAUAAUGUAAAGCGUGCAUCUGGGCUGUAGGAGCACAAGCGAAGCACAGACAGUGACGAAGAUCGCAUCGGUUCACCUCCAUCGCUGCUGCAGUCGACUGAGUCUGUUGGAAAGUUUGUUUCAGGAAGUUCUGCUCUGUUCUGCUUCAGUCGGCCACGUUCCAACACAGCGCUUUCUGUCCUUUGUUUUUUCUCUCUUUUUUUUUUUUCUGUGGGAGUUUGGGGUCGGGGUUAAAACUUGAAGCCAAAUUUUAAAAUAACAUCUGAUUUAUUUGUUUUGGGGUUUGUUUUUUUUUGUUUGUUUUUUUCAAAUUUCUGGGGAGGGGGGGCACAGAAAAUGGGGUCAAAGUGCCUCUGAUGUAACUAACACCACAGUUUGUGUAUGUGUGCGGACAACCACAUCUGAUGAACACACACAAACACACACACUUGUGUUUAUUGAUCUGUCCGAGGCCUGUUGGUUUUUAGGAGUCUGACCAGCUUUUUCCUGAGCUUUCAGCUGCCGCUCAUUGCCUUCUUGGCCCAGUGGAGGCAGUUCAGGGCUGCGACUGGUGGCUGUUUACAUGUUCUUGAUUAGUAUUUUAAUUUAAUCCAGAAAAAGUCAGUCAAGAACCCAACACAAUGUCUUGUUUUGACUAAACAGCUGGAAUAAACACACUGAGCAGCUGAUGAAGCCUGUGAGAUGGAGGUUAAAAGCUCUGGAAGCGGCUGAUAAAUGAUGGAGUUAUGUGACAGACUGAAAUAUCUCUUCAACGGAUCAACAUUUGGUUUCAUGUAGCACCACCGUCUGGUCGAGCUUUAGUCCUCUACAGAAUAGCUCAAAAACCAUUGACCGAAUUCUGUACAAAAAGACAAAAAAAACUGAGUUACUGUUGUCAUGCUAGGCUACCGUUAGCUUUAUCAUGCUAAUGUUAGCAUUGAGGCCAGUGUUUACAUGCUAGCUACACGUUAACCUACAGCGUGAAGGACGGGUGAGACUUCUGGUUUAGUCCUUCUGAUCAUUUUCCUAACGUCACAACGACAUCACAGUCUGUUUUGAGCAACCUCGUGUCAUCUUAAGAACAAGUUUGUAUCACAGAUGUUCUCCAGUGACUCUGAUACCGAGGAUGAGGCUGCGUUCGUGUCACGUCUCAUAUCAACACAGAAGUCCUGAUUUAUCCAUUUUGGCAUUUAAUUGUUGGAAAAUGUGCAAAUCAGUUAAAUAUGUUCAUGUGCUUCUCACUGAUUGAACCCAAACUGAGCAGAAGGUGCUGGAUGUUUACGGCUCCAUGAUGUGAAUGCUUGGAAGUCAUCAACUUUAUCACUUUUGUUCAAGAUAAAAUUACUUUAUCCAUAGUUUGCCGAACACAUUUCUCAACAAAGAGCUUUGCAGCUUCACAGCUUGAACAUCUUCUGUUUGUUUUUGAUGAAAUCUUCGGUUUUCUUUUAUGAAAAUUCUCAGAUGUGUCCAAACUUUUAACAGAAAGGAAAAGUGACCAAUGUGUUUUGUCAGACCAGCGUUUGAACUUCCAACACUUGAGGCCUCUGCAGAAGAGUGUGUGUGUGUGUGUGUUUGUGUGUGUGUUGUUGUUGUUGCUGUUGAGGGGAGGGUUGUGGGUCUGUUCACACUCUGGACUUUUUGAGCAGUGCUCGUCAUCGUCCGUGUACUCUGUCUCGUCUCCGUGUUUCAAAAAAAGAAAAAGAAAAAAAAUAGACAACGAACAAAUAUUCCCGAUGUUUAAAGAGAAAAACACUACAGUACAGAGAGAGAAUUGUAAAAUAAAAUGUUAUUGAAUGACGUGCUACUAGACUUAUUUUGUUAAAAUUGUUUAGAGAUAUGAGAGGGGGCUAUGUAGAGGAUAUGAUGAUGCAGAUGUAUUGAAUAUGCAGAGCGAUGUUUGGAUUAAAGUUGUAGCAAGCUGACCCACCAAA